UAUGCGUUUGGGGGCAAUUUCCCAUUUCUUUUUAAAUACGAACGUUUCCCCUCCAUUUGAACUCGCAGAGCUUCUUAUCUUCACAGACUAGAGGCAAACCAAAUCAAACCUUCUAAUUCAUAGAUCUUCCUGCGCAUUUAUAAAGUAUUCAGAUCUAAGAUUCACUUCUUUUUGCCACAGAUAUGGAGACCUUCCUAUUCACUUCCGAAUCGGUGAACGAGGGACAUCCAGACAAGCUCUGCGACCAGAUCUCUGAUGCAGUGCUCGAUGCUUGUUUGGCUCAGGACCCCGAUAGUAAGGUCGCUUGCGAAACUUGCACCAAGACCAACAUGGUCAUGGUUUUUGGAGAGAUCACCACCAAGGCUAAUGUAGACUAUGAGAAGGUAGUGCGCGAUACUUGCCGUUCUAUUGGAUUCACCUCCGAUGAUGUGGGUCUUGAUGCUGACAAUUGUAAAGUGCUCGUCAAUAUUGAGCAGCAGAGUCCUGAUAUUGCCCAGGGAGUCCACGGCCAUCUCACUAAGCGCCCUGAGGAUAUUGGUGCCGGUGAUCAAGGACAUAUGUUUGGUUAUGCCACUGAUGAGACCCCCGAAUUGAUGCCUUUGAGCCAUGUUCUCGCUACCCAGCUCGGCGCUCGCCUCACCCAGGUCCGCAAGAAUGGAACUUGCCCAUGGCUGAGGCCUGAUGGCAAAACCCAAGUUACCGUUGAGUACUACAAUGAAAAUGGUGCCAUGGUUCCUGUCCGUGUCCACACUGUUCUCAUCUCAACCCAGCAUGAUGAGACUGUCACAAACGAUGAGAUUGCAGCUGAUCUUAAGGAGCAUGUAAUCAAGCCUGUUAUUCCUGAAAAGUAUUUGGACGAGAAGACCAUCUUCCAUCUCAACCCAUCUGGGCGUUUUGUCAUCGGUGGCCCUCAUGGUGAUGCUGGUCUUACUGGGCGUAAGAUCAUCAUUGACACUUAUGGUGGAUGGGGUGCUCACGGUGGUGGUGCUUUCUCUGGUAAGGACCCAACCAAGGUGGAUAGGAGCGGAGCCUACAUUGUCAGGCAGGCUGCUAAGACCAUUGUAGCCAAUGGGCUUGCUAGAAGGUGUAUUGUUCAGGUUUCUUAUGCGAUUGGUGUGCCUGAACCUUUGUCGGUGUUUGUAGAUACAUAUGGCACCGGAAAGAUUCCUGACAAAGAGAUCCUCAAGAUCGUGAAGGAGAACUUUGAUUUCAGGCCUGGUAUGAUUGCCAUCAACCUUGAUCUCAAGAGGGGUGGCAAUGGCAGGUUUUUAAAGACAGCUGCAUACGGGCAUUUUGGCAGGGAUGACGCUGAUUUCACUUGGGAGGUGGUAAAGCCCCUCAAGUGGGAAAAGGCCUAAGCUUAAUUGAGGUCUUUUCUCCAGUUCCAGAUAAAUAAUACUUGUUUAUUUGCCGCUGCUCCCUCGCGAUUAUGAGAGUUUCCUCAUUGAUUGUAGUAUGUUUUAAUUUAUUUUCCCUCUCUCUCUGUAUCUCUCUCUUUAUUUAUUUGUUUUUGUGCUUUUCGAAAGUUGUUACUGGAUUAAACGAAAAAGAAGCGUUAUCGAUUCCUUAAGCUUAGCUUGUGGUAAUAAGGGCAUGUAAAAGACAGUGGGUUGGCAGAACAGCUGCAAAAUACAUGUUAAAUCAUUUGUUAUAUAUUUGGCGGUGAAGAAAGAAAUUGCUUUCUUUUCAA